UAACCAAAUCUUUUUUCUCCUUAUGUCUAUUCGUUUUUCCCCAACAAUCCUAAAUUUUUUCAGCGACAUCAUCAAUUCCACUAGUUUUGAUUCUACCAAUUUGCAACUGCAAGUGCAGGAAGAAUAUUUUUAGCUUUGAGUUAUAUUAAGAACAAGUUUCGAAGUCGAAUUGGCGACCAGUUUGCUAAUGAUUGUUUAGUGUGAGACAUUAAAAGAGAUUUACUUAACAAUGUAGACAACAAAUGUUUUUGUGUUUCUUUCACAAUAUGAAAUUCUGUCGUGGUUGCUUAUGAAAACAAUGAUUUUAUUAGUCGUUAUUUUUUAUUUGUGAAUGAAUUAUUUGGAUAUAAUUAGUUUUAAUUUUAUUUAUUAAAUAAUUAUUAAUUAAUAUUUAUAUAUUUAUAUUAUGGAAAGAGGACAGAGGUAAUUUCAAAUCCUGCCUCUGCCACUGAUAGUUGGUAUCCUCAAGAGUCAAGACUACCUCAUAUGUGAUCAUUGGUGCCCUUUAAAAGUUGAUAUAAUUUUCAGACUUCAGCUAUUUGUCCUUAACAUUAUAAAAAAGUGUUUGUCCUUCUCAUCUCUUUUCCAAAUAAUAUAUAUUCAAGGACUCUUUAAUUGUGGUUUCUACUUUUAGGAAAAAUCUUAUACUAUACUUUUCACAAAUGGCCAUAUGGGUGUUCAACAUAUUAGGUAGUGUGGGUGGGUUGUGUUGUUCGGAGCUUUUUUUUUUCCAGAGCCAGGAGGCACAAGGCCAAGAAAACAACAACCAGGGGGAGGGGAUUGCAUAGAAGGAGGGAGGAGUUGCUAACUAAGUAACUAUAUGUCUCUCAAAGAUGAUCUCUCUGUCAUCGUCUUGGAGCAGUUGUUGAACUCCCAUAGGAGGUGUUUCUAGCUCAUAUAUACCGUAAGGGUAGACGAGACUGUACUUAGAGAGCCAGUCCACAGCUCUAUUCCCUUCUCGGUAACAAGCCUGUACCCGAGAUUCCAAACAAUAUCUAAACCAUGGAAUAUUGCCCACAACUCAGCCAUAGUGGCCGAGCAUGAUCCCAAGCUUACCACGAAACCCUUGACCCAACUCUUAGCCUCGUCUCGCACAAUGCCUCCCGCUCCAGCCCGCUGCGGCUCUCCUGAGGAUGCACCAUCAACGUUGAUUUUCGUCCAUCCCGGAGGUGGAGGCCUCCAUCCGAUAGCUGCUGCAGUCCGUAAAGGAGGACCCUGGCGAUUCCCUGGAUUAAAAGACGGAGCCGUCCAAGCCCUGUACCAAAAUUCUGCUUUGAUUCGAAUCGCCUGCGUGAGUGAAAGGUGGGCUUGAGUUCAAGUCCUUAAGCCUCAUUUCUUAAGGAAAAUCUUAAAGCCUUCCUAUUGGCUGAUAGUGGAUUAGGUAGUUAAUGGGGGUUAGUAGUUAAUAGGUAGUUAAGGGUAAAUAGGGUUAUGCAAAUAUAAUUAAAAUUAAUAUAAUUAAUUAAUGAUUCUCUUUCUCUCUCCUCCCAUGAUUUUCUCCAUAACCCUCUCUCUACAUUAUAAUUAAAAAGAAAUAUGAAAUUAAUUUUAUUUAAUAUUUAAUAAAAUCCGAAUUUAAUA